ACCGGACCUUUCAUGCGUGGUAAACGGUGUACCGAUCUUGAAUUCGAAAUAUAAACCUUUGGGAAGUACACCACUACAACGAAUGAAGGACAGACUGAAGGUGCAGUUAAGGGCUCGGAAAUCUAUUAAUCAACAAUUGCAAAGUAAGGGAGGUCCAGGCGAAGCCGUAAUACUUUUAAACGUGAUUCAAUGGAAUCUUACUCUAUGGAUCUCGAUUAUACCGUUCCUCACUACCAGGCUGGUAGUUGACAAGACCAUGAUUCCGCUUGCAGGAGUCGCGAUCCAUCAUUUGGUAUCUUUAGAGGAGCACGUUGAACGGAUCGCAAAGGAUUUUAAAUAUAGAACAUGUCGUAGUGACAUUACUACACCAACCGAACAAAUGUCUUUUAUGCGUAAAUUUCCGGACUCGCCACAAGUAAAGAAAUUGAUUCAUUAA